UAAAUAGGAAAAGGACAGCGCGCGGAAGUGGAAAGUCUUUUCGGAGGCUAAAGCUAUAAUAAUAAUAUUAUCUUCUGUUAUGGACGUUGCGCGUUCACCUUCUAAGCAGUCAUUUAAUUUACACGUGAGCGUAAUUUACGGAAUCGGCGAAGAAUUUUAGCUGUAUUUGUUUCUGCGGUAAUAUUAUGGCGUGGCGAACCACGGUUGGUGAUUCAAGCUAAUUCAAGACUUGCUAGCCGUUUCAAAACAUAAGCAGUCCCCGAUUUGAAAGAGGACCACUUACUAGCUCGAUUACUCAAUUUUAAGGCCGGCACUACCAUAAGGAUACAAUGCAUCACGUCAAGGUCAAAGUCGAAAGACCAGAUGUGGAGGGGGCCGCAGCACGCAACAGAUUGGAUUCUAUUUUAAAGGGACUGGUGGAGAAAAGUGAAAACGAAAGGGAACAAAACGAGAGUGAGGCUGGAAAAAUGUCACUUGACUCGAUGAGCAAGGAUUUGUCCCCAUUGUCUGCUGGAAAACGGCCAUCUACAAGAUUCCCACAGCAUCGUCGCAAAAAGCGCAAAGAGCUGGAUGAAAGCAUAACAGAGAGCAAUACUCACAGACAAAAUGCUUACAUUAUAAAGUUGUUUGACCGAAGUGUGGAUCUGGCUCAGUUUAAUGCUAGCACCCCCUUGUAUCCUAUUUGCCGCGCAUGGAUGCGAAAUAACCCGUCCGUCCGAGAGCCCAUUGAAGGAUCCCCAAGAUCUCCACAAGUCAUGCUAGAGGAAGAGGUCACAGACAUGAUCAAUGGCAAAGAGCAAAUUGUAUAUAGACUACCUGCUCCAACCGCAUCUCCCAUCAGCCCUUCUGGUGAACCCAUCAACCUCAGGAUCCCACCAACUGAAAAACCCACAGUCACCAAGUUAACAGAUUCUGUGCCUGUGUCGGGUUCCUACCUCGGUGACCACAUGGAGCGAUGGAAAAAGAUCAGACAAAAAUGGAAGGAAUGUUCAAACAAGAACCAGUUGCGCUACAGUGAUAGCAUCAAAAUCCUUAAGGAGAUGAAGGACUUCUAUGAUCACUAAUUGAACACUGAAAGUUCUCAUGUACUCCCCUUCAAAAGUAUUGGAAUAGCAGCACCAAUUCCAUGCUUAUAUUUGAUAUGCAGUGCAAGAUUUUUAAGAUUAAGAUUAGAAGCAUUAUUUGUGACGAAACCCCCCCCCCCUUUUUUUUUUUUUAGAGGAACAAAAUUACCUGAGCAGAUACACUUAAAUGGACAGAAAUCACUAAGCCUUCACUCAUAAUUAGUAUUUAUUUGUAUAUCAUAUACAUACAUACCUUGCAAUUUCUGCAUUAUGUGUAUCCCAUUGGCACCACCAUACUUUGACAUUUGUCGUUUGUGAUUCUUGAGCUGAGCUCAAAGCCUCCAUAAGGCUCCAAUGAGUGAGGUUUUACUAAUGUACAAUCACGCAGCAGUAGCAUUCAUUACAUCUGUGGCUGAAAAAGCGAAACAUGGAGAGCCUCUGCCACUGAAUUGCUCGUGCGCAGUCAAUGAAUGGACCCAAGAGCCUUUCAAGAUACUUUAUCAACUCCCCUUUGUUUAUAAAGCUUGCCAGAGCAAAUGUGGUUCUUUUUUGCAGUCAUACUAUGUUGUUUUUGGUUCAUUAAAAAAGGUAGUGCAUGUGACGCUGCAAAAUGUUUCCUGGCAACAGUCUUGCUUUGCAGUGAGUUAUUUGCAUGUUUUGGGUAUUUUUUAUUUUUUUAAAUACAGUAUUUGUUUUCCUCUCUUGGGUAGUUGUGCAGUUAAGAAGUGUUGGGCCACAUCUUUUAUGACAAAACCUAGCCUUUUUUUUCUUCUUUAAGUCGGGGUUAGAAACUGGCAGUGAGUGUAUCGCAUCACUGACCAGCAAUCAGGCCCUUUGGGAAAAAAAGAUCUUUGUCUUAA